AUGAAAGUGAUGUGCGACCGUCUUUAUAUCGCUCCGGUGAGGAGGAGUCACGGAGGCGGUGAGACCGACGCAUCCAACACCGUCAAAAUACUAUACAAGUUAUGA